AUGGACUGGUGUAGUGGAAGUGUAAUAAGCAAGAUAAAAUAUGCUACAUAUUUCUCAGAAGCAAACUCUAUCAGUGUAUUGCUUGAGAAUGUUGACCAUGUUCUUGCACUCUCCAAGUUAAUCAAGUUAGCCUUCCUGGUGAAGUUUAAUGAGGAAGCACUUGAUUUCUUGAUGGAAUCUAAGGAUUGCAGAUUGUCUGUGAAGAUGAGGCAUUCCUCCAUUCUGCUUUCCCAAUUGACUAGGUGGGGGUUUCUUCUGUUUUGUGUUCCUUCAAAUUCUAUUUGA